AUGGAUUUCAUCAAGACCAGUUCCCUGCGUGCUCUGAUUGAGUUAACUUUCCAACGCAACUGGAACGGCCUAAUUUGGAUGAGUAGAAAAGGAGUUAUAACCAAAAGAGUGAAGACUGUCCAGACGGCUCUAUCGAGAAUCAGCGCCCAACCGCGCAGUCCGGCUGGCCGAGAAACUAUGUUUCCGCUCGGCCAAAGUCAUAUCCGUCCGUCUGAAGUCUCGGCCAAAGUUCCAAACCGACCGGCCGAUCACGCAUCACGACCCGGGAAACAUCCCGCGGUCGGCCAGCCACAACUCCACGCCACGCCGCGCACGACCAUGCCGCGCGAGCCGGGAACAAGCCUCGCGGCCGCGCAACCCUUCGCGUACCACGGCCGAUGCAUCCGUCCGAGCCGGGAAAAGUCCCACGUCCGGCCGACCGAAAAUCAUCCGGCCACGACCGUUCCGAUCGCCACGACCCGACUGUCCGGCCGAUCGUCCCGACCGACCGUCCCAACGCCGCGGUCGACCCGAAGCCCGUUUUGA